CCGCCGCCGCCGCCGCCGCCUGCUACCUGUCCUCCUCGCCGCCGGCCGCCUGCAAGAAGAAGAAGAAGAAGAUGAGGGAGAUCCUCCACAUCCAGGGCGGGCAGUGCGGCAACCAGAUCGGCGCCAAGUUCUGGGAGGUGGUCUGCGCCGAGCACGGCAUCGACGCCACCGGCCGCUACGACGGCGACUCCGACCUCCAGCUCGAGCGCGUCAACGUCUACUACAAUGAGGCCUCCUGCGGCCGCUUCGUCCCGCGCGCCGUCCUCAUGGACCUCGAGCCCGGCACCAUGGACUCGGUGCGCUCCGGCCCCUACGGCCACAUCUUCCGCCCCGACAACUUCGUCUUCGGCCAGUCCGGCGCCGGCAACAACUGGGCCAAGGGUCACUACACCGAGGGCGCCGAGCUCAUCGACUCUGUCCUCGACGUCGUCCGCAAGGAGGCCGAGAACUGCGACUGCCUCCAAGGGUUCCAGGUUUGCCACUCGCUCGGCGGUGGCACGGGCUCCGGCAUGGGCACGCUUCUCAUCUCCAAGAUCCGGGAGGAGUACCCCGACCGCAUGAUGCUCACCUUCUCCGUCUUCCCCUCGCCCAAGGUCUCCGACACCGUCGUCGAGCCCUACAACGCCACCCUCUCCGUCCACCAGCUCGUCGAGAACGCCGACGAGUGCAUGGUGCUCGACAACGAGGCACUCUACGACAUCUGCUUCCGCACGCUCAAGCUCACCACGCCAAGCUUCGGCGACCUCAACCACCUCAUCUCGGCGACCAUGAGCGGCGUGACCUGCUGCCUCCGCUUCCCGGGGCAGCUCAACUCCGACCUCCGCAAGCUCGCCGUCAACCUCAUCCCCUUCCCUCGUCUCCACUUCUUCAUGGUCGGCUUCGCGCCGCUCACCUCCCGUGGCUCGCAGCAGUACCGCGCGCUCACGGUGCCGGAGCUGACCCAGCAGAUGUGGGACGCCAAGAACAUGAUGUGCGCGGCUGACCCCCGCCACGGCCGCUACCUCACGGCCUCCGCCAUGUUCCGUGGCAAGAUGAGCACCAAGGAGGUGGACGAGCAGAUGCUCAACGUCCAGAACAAGAACUCCUCCUACUUCGUCGAGUGGAUCCCCAACAACGUCAAGUCCACCGUGUGCGACAUCCCGCCCACCGGCCUCAAGAUGGCGUCCACCUUCAUUGGCAACUCCACCUCCAUCCAGGAGAUGUUCCGCCGUGUGAGCGAGCAGUUCACUGCCAUGUUCCGCAGGAAGGCUUUCUUGCAUUGGUACACCGGCGAGGGCAUGGACGAGAUGGAGUUCACCGAGGCCGAGAGCAACAUGAACGACCUCGUGUCCGAGUACCAGCAGUACCAGGACGCCACCGCCGACGAGGAGGAGGGUGAAUACGAGGAUGAGGAGGAAGGUGAUCUGCAGGACUAAAACCACAAGUGGCCUUGCUCCUUGGAAAAUGUUUAAUUAGUGCUGUUCUUUGUGAUGGAUGCUUCGGCUCUCUUAUUGUUGUCUUUCUUAUUAGCUGCUUGAUGAUAAACUUGAUGUAUUAGUAUUACCCAACUUUUAUUGAUAGGCACAAUACCCUGUUGCCUUCCUGCUACUGCACCUUACUAGUACUGUGUUUUCCCUAAUUUGUUCGUGUCUAACUGAUUAUGUAUGACUAUCAUCCUAUUUUUGUUAAUCUAUCGAUCAUCUAAGAUGCAGAGUUGCUUUCUUCG